GUGGUGGGGUUCUGCUUCCGGGUGAGGAACAUGGCGGGUCCGGCCUGGAACGCGGUGACCGUGCCGUUGCCGGGGAGUCAGUGCACUGUGCCCGUGAGCAGCGACUCCCACACAGAUGGAUGUAUACGGGUUCUCAUACCGGCCUGUCAAAACGUUGUAAAGCUAUUAAGAAGUAGAGUUCUUACAGCAGAGUUGGAUGUUCUGUCUUCUUUGCUGUACGUUUUUCACUACAAGCUGCGCCAACACAAGCCGUAUCUAGCACUGAAACAGGUUGAACAGUGUGUAAAGCGUCUGAGUAAUAUGCGACUCGAGGCUUCAAUUCGGGAUCUGAUCGAGUUGUGUCCAAGGACAUCCGAGAUCAACAAAGCCGGUACAAAACGUGUUCCCAGCCAACCAAUGCUGGAGUGGACAGCACUGAGAGUAUUGGGUGGCUGCAAGUUGAUGUUGCGUCUUAUGGAUGUGUGCUCCAAAGCAUUUCAACUGGCUAUCAAGCAUCUUCACUGGCAAGAAUUCAUAGUUCUAAAUUUUAUUGUUACAGGAUUGCUCAGCAGACUUUGGGUGCUAUCUAGAGGGAUUUUACAAAGCCUAGUUGUUUUAUAUGAGAAACUAUAUCCCCUCCUGAAGAAAGUGGAAAAAAUUCAACAGUUGCCUUAUGUGAAGGAUUUUACUUUACCUGCCAAUGUUCAGGAAUGGCUUGGUUCUCCCUACACCAAAGUUAUGCAAGAGAAAUUAAAGAACAUUUCAUCUCAACUGAGUAAGAUCCCCACAAGAAUACCAGAUCUUCUUGACAAAUUGUUCUCAGUACAAGAACCUGUGUUACUGGAGGCCCGUGAGGCUGGUGCACGGGUACGAAAACCGAUUCUUGGCAACCCUUUCAAAGUGAAGCAGAUGGUUGACAUUGGAUGCCCUGUACAGAACCGGACAGUUGCUGUUGUAACAGGGAUACGGUCAGUACCUGAAAAGACCUCUCUACAGACAAGCAGUCACACCUUUUCUCAGAACACCAAGAAAUCUCGGAGUACACGUGCCUCAACAAAAUCAAAGAAUAAAGAACUAGAACAACCUUCAACAGAAGCUUUCGUGAGGAAGAUUAAAGCAACACAGACUUUUAAAAUGCUUUCUCAAGAGCUAAAGGCAAUAUUUCUUUGGUUUCGGAACAGGAAUUUGAGACGGGAAAGCCGCUAUUUAGGAAACCAAUAUCUCCGGUCUAACAGACGUGGAAUGCUGGAAGCUCAGGGCUACAGUUUUGAAAAGAAGCUACAGGACACAAAAAUAGUGGUUUGCAGAUACCUAGUGAAGUGGUCGCAAGGCACACGUCACCAGAACAAAGUGCUUAAAAAACGUAGGAGUAAAGCAACUGUUCUCCAGGAACUCAAAAUGAGACACAGUAAUGCCAGCGGCGAUGAAGCAUUCGCUCAAGAAGAAAUCAAUAAUGCUCGCAGGAAGAAAAGGAAAAGAAGUCAAAGGGCAGUGCCACCUACUCUACAAACUGUACAAACUGAAGCAAAGAGAGAGUCCGUUGUUCAACACCUAUCUGCUGAAUCUGUUGCAAAUGUUCAGAAUCCCAAGUUCUCGACUUUAAUACCAGGUUCUUCAAAAGCAGUGGAUGCUAUUGUAGAGACGGUGCCAAAGCUCGACAGUGAUAUUGAUGAUAUUUUUUCAUUGAUUGGGGUGUAACUGAUUUUUGCACAAUGUGAAUUAUUGUGCAUAAUUAAAAUGUUUGAUGAGCAUAGCCAAAAGUAAGAUAUUAUUCUGUACUUAUAAUGCUGGAAAUGUAAUUUUGUUGUCACAAAAAUGCGUACUUUGGGCAUCAUUUGUACGUGCAGUGUGUCAUCCUGUCGCAAUUGGUAGCACUCUCGCCUCUGAGACAAAAGGUUUGGGGUUUAAGCCCGGCUUCAGGACAUUGCACUCACAUUAUGUGAGAUGACCGCCAAUGUAGUUCUGGUAGUGUGCUGCCAUCUUUCGGAUGAGCUGUUAAACCGCGGCCCUUUCUGCCUGUUCAAAU